CGUGCAGGUGGUAUCGUUACAUUUCCAUGUUGUACGGAUACCCAUUGUUAUCAGAAGAUGAAGAUGCAGUAGCCGCCAUGGGGACGUCUCUAGGUGAAGGGAGUCACAGGUUGAGGCAUCACGGGAAACAUCACUUGUGGAGGUCAACAGCGCUAUCACAAGUGAUCAAUGUCACGUCUCCGUCCUCGACGACCACCGUGGACCGUGCGUCCGUGUGUUACGACACCAACGAGGUUCUUAUGAUCAUUGGGAUGACGUGUGUCCUUAACCUCGCCUUCAUAGUGGUAGUGAUGAGCUGCGUUCACUUCUGCAGCAGUCCCGCAGUGCCCAAAAUACCCAGGCUCGAAUCCCUGAUUCUAGUGGAGGGUUCUACAUCAGAAUCUGAUCUGGAAGAAAUAGAAUUUCGAAAAAGUCACAUCAACUUAUUUAACUGGUCUUCACGCAAUAGGCGUUGUAACUUAGACGACUGCUUCAGAGGGUUGCCUAAAACUCUUCAGAUGGAGUUGUCCAGUUCUACGUCAUCGUCGAUGGUAUCUCUACAGACACUUGUGCCUCCUACCUACUGUUCUACAUCACUGACCAGCUUCGGUACAAGGAUAAACAGCAGACACAGAAUCGAUCAUGCUUCUUCUCUGUCGAUGGAAAAUCUUCUCUUCGUAUGAACCAAAGAUUAUACAUCUCCUAUAACAGGGCAUAUCUGGGUGGAGGACCUACAAUGUUGACCGGACCACAUAGAGUAAAAUGUAAAAGAGACUGAGGAAAGUGAGAUAGUGUUUACAUGUAGGAUAUUUUACCAAAGAUAGACAACUUGAAGGCUAUGUACAAUACUUUAUUUGAAGGUUAACAUAAGUUACACACUUAAAAAAAAAAAAUAAGCCUUGUGGAAUCCUCUCACCAUU